AUGGAUGUUGAUACCGGUGCGGCUGUUUCAGUGAUUGCAGAAGUAGUCUUUAACAAAACUCGCUCUGGAUUCCAACCCUUCAGUUUGAGCAAGACCUUGGCUAGACUGAGAAACUAUACCAAGGAACACCUACAGAUUAAGGGUAUAACUUCUAUUCCGGUCUUGUAUGAGAAGCAGCUGGUUCAGUUACUGCUGAUUAUAAUUCUAGAUACGACAGGAUCCUCUCUGGAAGGCUCAUCUCCUCUGCCGGAUUUUUCAAGUUUCAAGAAUGUACAGCAUAUAUUAUUAACUAAGGAUCAGUGUGGCCUUGGUCUAGCUAUCAGUGAAGAUAACACAAGUGAAGGAGUCAUCAUUAAAAGCCUUACUGACAAUGGAGCAGCAAUAAAGGAUGGAAGAAUAAAAGUCGGUGAUAGAAUCCUGGCUGUGGAUGAUGAAAAUGUCGUGUCACAACCUCCAGAAAAGGCCAUCAACCUUCUCAAAAAAGUAAAAGGAACAGUGAAGUUAACAGUCAGUUGUCAGGACCGGUCCCCACAGCAAUCUCUGGUACCACCACCUUCAUAUCUUAACACAGAUGCAGAGGUCUUGGAUCGCAGUAACAUAUUGACAUCUGGAGUGGUACCAGAUCCAGCAACAUGUCCAGUAGUCCCAGGACAGGAAACUACCCUGGAAAUUUCGAAAGGACGUUCUGGUCUCGGUCUCAGCAUUGUGGGUGGAAGAGACACAUUGUUGGAUGCAAUAGUUAUUCAUGAAGUAUAUGAAGAGGGUGCAGCUGCUAAAGAUAACAGGCUUUGGGCUGGGGACCAAGUCUUGGAGGUAAAUGGAAUUGAUUUAAGGAAUGCAACUCAUGAAGAAGCCAUCACAGCACUGAGACAGACCCCACAAAAAGUACAACUCACUGUCUUCAGAGAUGAAGCACAAUACAAGGAUGAAGAGAAUUUAGAUGUGUUCCUUGCAGAUCUUCAGAAGAAAGUCGGCAGGGGACUGGGCCUCAGCAUUGUGGGAAAGCGGAAUGGUACGGGAGUAUUUAUCUCAGACAUUGUUAAAGGUGGAGCUGCUGAACUUGAUGGCAGGCUCAUGCAAGGAGAUCAAAUCUUGUCAGUAAAUGGAGAGGAUGUGCGGAAUGCUUCUCAGGAGACUGUGGCAAUGAUACUUAAGUGCGCCCAAGGAUUGGUUCAGUUGGAGGUCGGUCGUCUAAAGGCAGGGUCAUGGAUCUCAUCAAGAAAAAUAUCACAUGGCAGUCAGAUGAGCCAAGUAAGUGCUAUCAGUAAUCCUCCUCCUUUUGGAGCUGCUGUGACCACUUCACAAAAUGUUACAAGCAGCAAGAAGAUUUCAGCUGAUACCUCACAAAGAAACUCAGGUUCAGAUACGGGACUAAGAACUGUGGAAAUAACAAGAGGACCAAAUGAUCCAUUGGGAAUUAGCAUUGCAGGAGGAAAGGGGAGUCCUCUAGGUGAUGUGCCUAUCUUCAUCGCCAUGAUUCAAGCCAGCGGAGUAGCAGCACGGACUCAAAAGCUAAAGGUUGGGGAUCGGAUUGUCAGCAUUAAUGGCCAACCCUUGGACGGACUGUCUCAUGCGGAAGCAGUUAAUCUGUUGAAGAAUGCCUACGGAAGCAUUAUCCUUCAGGUCAUAGCUGACACCAAUAUCACUGCUAUUGCAAGUCAGCUUGAAAAUUUGUCAACUGGUUCCAACUUGAACUCCCCAUCUGACAUUCGACCAGAAGAACCUGAACAUCCACAGUGUACAAACAUAACUUUAGAGAAAGGACCAGAUGGACUAGGGUUCAGUAUUGUUGGAGGACAUGGAAGCCCUCAUGGAGAUCUACCAAUCUAUGUGAAAACCGUGUUUGCCAAGGCAGGCGCGUAUUUGCAGUAA